AUGUACACUGCAGCUGCUGGACACUCAAGCGAAGAAACUGGGACCGCAAUCUACAGUAAGUCACUGCUCGGAGCGGUGCAGCGCAAGGAAUUGCCUAAUGCACGCGUGACACAUCGUAAGGACGGGUAUCUGAGCUCUUGGGUUAUCGACUGCCACCUGCACGAAGUAGCUCAAUGGUACGGACGGACGACUGGUGCCAACAGCAAUGGAGACCAAGCUGCAGCCCUGUUAGCAGCUUCCGACGCUCAGCAGGCGGGUGAAACCAAUGCUGCUGCGGUCGCUGCCGCCACGAAUGAGCGUCGGCUGCUACAAGAAUUGCGAGCGGCUCAACAGACUGGUCAGAUCCAGCGCUUUUCGCUGUCACAGCCCGCAUUCCAGCUGCAGUUGAGCUGGAGGGCUGAACUGACCGACGAGAUGAAGAGUGAAGUCGUGGACCGAUGGACGAAGCUGUUGUAUGCGAAGCACGGGCAUCUCGAGUCGCGCCAGCUUGCUCGUCUCGCUCAUUUGUAUGGAGCGCUGUACGCGGCAGCUCUACCGGCGCCUUCUCCGACGUCAACCGCGCGUGAUGGCGAAGAUGAAGAAGACGAAGAAGAUCUGGAUGAUAAGGCCCAUGCUCUCGAGACCAAACCGGUACGUUACUUCGAAGACGACGACGAUAAGGAUGAUGCUGCAGCCGGUGGAGACGACGUCGAAGGUGACGAGGAUGAGCGUUUGCUGCAGAAAAUGCUGCGGCCGCUGACCGAGUCUCUGAUCGAGGCUAUCGAGCGAGGUACACGCUCACUCAUUCAACUCCGUCUUGGCGGUGGAGGUCCGCUUGAGGGCAGUGAUACUGAAGAGAGCACGAGCAACGAUGAAGGUAUCAAAUGGACGAGUUACGCUGUGGCCAAGGUAUUUCACGGAUUGACGACGCCGCAGCUUCCAACUCGGCAGUGGCGCGACCACGUCUGCUGGCGACGGUACUCUGACCUGGCAUUCGAGCGCAUCGUGCAGAUUGCACACAAGGUGAUCCUGGAGGAGGAGGCUUUGGAAUCGACUGUAAAGUCGGCGAGUGUGGGCAUGUCGACAACUUAA